CUUCAAACAUGACGAAAAUCUACAAGGCCCGCACAUGAUGCAAAUUUGUGCGGUGUCAAUUCUAGACGUUUCCGUUGAUAUAUGCCUCCGCCGGCUUCAGGCCAGAGACCGAGAAUCGUCAUCUUGCCGCUCGCACCGGGCGGAUCACGAUACUAGGGUUACAUACAUCUGCGAAUGGAUCACAUCAGCGGUAGUCAUGCUGCGCCAUUGACUGUUGGACAUUGAUUAUAUGGCGAGUCGACACAAGAUUUGGUCAUAAUAUCGCCAAUCACCCACUCUCAAGUCAAAAGGAUCGUUGAGUCACCUCACCUUUCGAAUCAUGCCUACACGGAUUCUUAUCGUCGGCGCUGGUGCCAUCGGCGCGUUCUAUGGCUCACGGCUGGCCACCCUGGACGAUGUCAAAGUAUCGGCUCUGUGUCGAUCCAACUACAAAGCCGUCCAGAAGCACGGGUUUCGAGUGGAAUCUCCCAAAUACGGCGCAAGCACAUUUAAGCCCGAAUUCGUCUACGGCUCGCCGGACGAAGCCCGUAAAGCCAAGAUCCAGUGGGACUAUCUCCUCGUUGCCACCAAAGCGCUCCCGGACGUCAACGAUGACAGCGCUCUACUAGAAGACCUGGUCGGACCCAAUACCAGCAUUGUCCUCAUUCAGAACGGCCUAGGAGUAGAGCAACCUUAUGCCCAGCGCUUCCCAAAUACCGCCAUUCUCAGUGCCGUGACCGUCGCCAGUGCCGCCCAGCCACAACCGGGAGUCAUUCAACACAACCGCUGGACUCGCAUUUCGAUCGGCCCUUACCUACCGCAUCUCGAUAGCGGCGGAUCCGGGCCUCGACCGGACACCGAUCAGACCUUCACGGAACGCACCACUCGGCUCGUCAGCCUCCUGCAGGAAGCCAAGGUAGCAGACGCCGAAACCUACGACCAUGCCGGCCUCCAAUUCGUCCGCUGGCACAAAGUCGCCCUCAAUGCAGCCAUGAAUCCCAGCUCGGUACUCAGCGGCGGCAGCACCAACCAGACGAUGGCACUGGACCCAGAGCUAAGUCGGCAUCUCGCCGGAGUGAUGCAGGAGGUCCUCGAUACUGCGCCGAAGAUCCUCGGACGCCCACUACCAAGCCAUCUCGCCACUCCCGAAAGAAUACUGGCAUCAACACGGAAGAACACAAGCGGGAGCCGACCUAGCAUGUGGCUCGACUGGGAGCGCGGGUCACGAAUGGAGAUCGAGGUCAUCCUGGGCAAUCCGAUCCGGAUGGCGCGCGAACAGGGGCUGGAAAUGCCGCGUCUGCAGGCCAUGUAUGCUUUGCUGAAGCAGGCGCAGAUCAUCCGCGACGAACGCCAGAAGCAGGACCGACAGCAUGAGAAUGCGAGAUCGAAGAGUAGCCCCAAACUGUGAACCUCAGAGAGCCAGACGGACCGUGAGAACGUAUCCCCUCACGAGUUCGGUAUCUACAGUAACUGUAUCCAUUUCCAUUAAUCAUGAUCGUGUGCUUUUAGUCCUCCGCUGAUCCGGAGUUCCACGCGUCU